AUAUCACUUAUCAAAUGGAAGGCUCAUGAUGGUAUUGGAUUAUGUAUUGAUUGGAAUGGUAAUACAAAUUUUCUGAUAAGCGGUGGAGAAGAUUGCAAAUAUAAGGUAUGGGAUGAAUAUGGACGUCCAAUGUAUUGUAGUAGUUCACAGGACUAUCCAAUUACAUCAAUUGCAUGGAAUAUUGAUGGUGAUCUUUUUGCUGUUGGAUCAUUUAAUCUUCUUCGAUUAUGCGAUAAAGCUGGAUGGUCACAUUCAUUAGAAAAACUAUCAACGGGAAGCAUUUACAAUAUCAAUUGGUCACCUGAUGGUACUCAAUUAGCUGGUGCAUGCUCUAAUGGAAAUGUUCUAAAUGCUUAUUUAGUUGAGAAACGAAUUACAUGGCGAAAUAUUGAAGCGAUACAGACAAAAUGUCAAAUGAUCGAUAUUCGUGAUGUACUUUCUGAUGUUGCAUGUGAAAAAUUAGAACUACGAGAUCGUAUCACUAAAUUAUCAUUUGGUUUUGAACAACUUGUAGUAGCUACGAUUAAACAAUGCUAUAUUUUUAGUAUAAAAAAUUGGAAUACACCGAUUAUAAUGGAUUUGAAGGAAUGCAAUGUUACACUGAUUAUGCUUUGUAAUAAAUAUUUUUUAUUAGUUGAUGGUGGUUUAAUACAGGUGUAUAAUUAUGAAGGUCGUAUGCAAAGUCUUAUAAAAUUAUCCACUAUGAGUAUAUCCGGAGGAACAGUUAGUGAAAAAACCGCUGCAAUUUCAAAUGAUACGAUAGCAAUUCGAGAUCGGAUCGAUUUGAAAAUAGUGCAUUUUUUUGAUACAAUCACUGGAAAAAAUGCUAGCAAUGGAAAAUUUAUACAUACCAAUGAUAUAAUCGAAAUAGCAAUCGAUCAAUGUGGAUCAGCGAUUGAUCGAAAAUUAGCAUUUAUCGAUAAAUGCUUGGAUUGUUUUUUAGUAGUUGUAAAAACUUAUGGUGUUUAUCAAAAAAUUGCUAAAAUUGGUGGAAUGGUGACAAAUAUUCGUUUUAAUGAUCAAACAAAUAUGCUUGCUGGUUUGCAAGACAAUCAUCUUAUUGUUUGGUUAUAUCCAGCUGCUGUUUUUAUCGAUCGUGAUCUACUGCAAAAAGCAAUAUUUGAAAAUAAUGAGAAUAAUUUUGGAAAAUUAUCAUAUCUACACAACUUUGUCGGAAAUCAUAUAUCAGUAAGGCGUUCUGAUGGCGCACUUAUACCAUGUAUUAUAACGCCAUUUGCAUCCGCUUUAAAUUCAUUCAUUACUGACAACAAAUGGAAUCAAGCAAUUCAACUAUGCCGACAUAUUCGA